AUGAAGUUCUCUGCACAAAUUCUUCUUCCUUUCUUCCUCGCUCUUGCGCCUUCAGCGUCGGCUACUUCCCCGAGCGAUCUUCAAGCGCAAAUUGGACACCAUGUCAUCUUCUCUUACCCUGGCCUCGAGCCACCAACCCAUCUCCUUGAUCUAAUCUCUGAAGGCAAAGUUGGUGGCAUCAUCCUCUUCGGCGAAAAUGUCGGUGACAACCUCACAACCACAAUCGACAACUUCCAGGAGACUUAUAAGCAGAGUCCAUACUAUUCAGGCAGUCCUUUAUUCAUCAUGACAGACCAAGAAGGCGGAAAAGUUCGUCGAUUGGCCGGCGGACCAGUAGAAAGUGCUAAGCAAAUCGGCCAAGCCGCUGAUCCGGAAGCGGCAGCGACACAGAUGGGCAAAGAUGCCGCGAGCACGCUCGAGACAUUCAAAAACAACGUCAAUCUGGCACCUGUGUUGGAUGUGUAUCGCGAGGCCGGAGACUUCGCUGAUGCCUCCCAGCGCUCCUUCAGUAACUCAUCCCGCGUCGUUGCAACAUGCGGGUCUGCUUUUAUCAGCGCUCAGCAGUCAGCCGGUGUCAUCGCAUCCGCCAAGCACUUCCCUGGCCUUGGUGCAGCCGCCGCAGGCGAGAAUACGGAUUUGCAGCCCGUUACCAUUGACUUGACCCUCGAAGAGCUGCGCAAGGUGGAUAUGGCUCCGUAUACCAAGGCCAUCACGGCGGGUGUGGACAUGGUUAUGACUUCGUGGGCUAUCUAUCCUGCUUUGGACCCGAUCUAUCCCUCUGGGCUAAGCAAGACUAUUAUCCAAGACGAGUUGCGGGGUAGGCUUCGCUUCAAGGGUGUUACUAUCACUGAUGCUAUUGAGGCGGGAGCGCUGCAGGCGUUCGGCGAUCAGGCUGCUCGUGGGUUGUUGGCUGCACAGGCUGGUGUUGAUAUAUUGCUUGCGGCUAAGAGAGAUGUCACUCAGGGAGAGGAUAUAUAUAAUGCUCUACUUACUGCGCUGGAGGAUGGGUCGUUGGACAAGGAUGCAUUUUCCACCGCGACACAAAGAAUACUAGAGGUUCGGAAGAGGCUUGUUUAG